AUGGAUUCGAAUCAACUUAGACACCUUGAGUUCUUCUCAGUACCCAACAGCCAGACAGUCAAUCCAGUUGACCAAACUUUCGAUCUGACGGGAACCACCGGGAAUCAGCUAUCGUCGAUGUGGGAUAUGAACGCAUUAGCAGCCGAUCCGGGCGCGGCCGGGUCGUCGUCAACGGGCCCUGGCAGUCUUUCUCUCGAAUCGUUUGCUCAAUCUUCCCCUUCUACCGCACCCACCAGCCUGUCAAUGAACCCUGCAAUGGCGCGGCAGCCGAUGCUUGGCCAACCCGGCCAAGUGUUACCAACGAGAACGGCAAGGUUAAGGGAUGGCCAUGAGAGGAAGAGAUCGAAGCUCAGCACAGAAGCGAACCCGUUUGACUCAGUUGACUACUGGAUCCAAUUUGACAACGAAGAAUCACUUCCCAAUGUCUCAGAUGGCGCAGCCACCUUGAGGCCGGAUCCCAGGUUAAAAGGAAAGGCUCCCUCGGCGCAACGGCCUAUCAAUCCAAGGCAGACCCUAGGUUCUGCCUCAGCCCAAGCUCCGCCGGUCGUAUUCAAGCCAGAGCAGUACCUGGACGACAGCGCCUUGGACAACGCUCUGUCCGACGAUGACGACGGAUUCUCGUCCAUAAAUCUUGCAGAGCAGCUUUCCAAGAUGGAUUCAGCCCCCCCGUCAGACAUUCCUCCGCGGGAAGGGCUAUAUUCAACUCCUCUCAGUUGGGAAAGACCGCAGCCUGGCCUGCGGAUGGACACUAUCCUCGGCCUGAACACCUCUACCUUGAACGAAGCAGAACAAAGAAGACUGAUCGCCAUCGCCAUGAAUCCGGGUCCGAGCAUGGGUGGAUUGGGAUCCAACCUGAACCUGAACCUGGGGGGACAGAACUCUGGAGUCAACUCGGGCUUGGGAACCGGCUUUGGCGCAAGCAAUACGCUGCUACAACCCACACCAUCAUCUCAGUCACGACCAGCUCCACCAACACAGACCAGGCAGUCGAGUAUCAUGGAGGACAAAGGCAAGGAGAAAGUAAAGCCGGGGGACAGGACGGCGCAUAACGAUAUCGAGCGGAAGUAUCGCACCAACCUGAAGGACAAGAUUUCCGAGUUGCGGAGUGCAGUUCCGUCAUUGCAGACGAUAUCAGAAGCUGGGGCUGAGGGUGAAGAGUCGCCGUCACAACCAGCGAGGACGCCCAAGGUCAGCAAGGGCACCGUCCUGACGAAAGCAACGGACUACAUCCACUACCUCGAGAAGAGGAAUCGGCAAAUCGUGCAAGAACACCAGGAGCUCUCCCGGCGCAUCCAGGCAUUCGAACAGUUGUUGAACGCAACAGCGCGGCCCGCCUUCCAGAUGCCGAACUACAGCCGAACACUAUUCGACCCAAGAGCCUUCUGUUGA